AUGACACGAAAACAUCAAAGUACUGAAAUAAGCGAAAAGAUUUUGGGACAAGAAGAAGAGGGAAGUAAUAGUCAUGGUGAUAGUUCUUCAGAAAGUAGUACGCGUCCAACCAAGAAAGCCAAGAAAGAAGAGCAAACUCCAAUACCUACUAACACUAAAAUGCCGGAAAGUUUUUCUUUUGAAAAACGUGAGGGAACUAUAAAAUUCGCUUCUUGGAACGUUAGCGGGUUAAAAUCUGCUUUGAAAAAGGGUUUUAAAACUUAUGUUGAAGCAGAAGACGCUGAUAUUUUGUGUCUUCAAGAGACGAAAGUCAAUACAGAACUUGAAGGAGUUGUUGAUCAUCAGAAAUAUAAAUAUCGUUGGUGGGGUUUUGAAGAGAAAAAAGGAUACGCUGGAACAGUUGUUUUUUCGAAGAUCAACCCAAUUUCUGUUUCAUUUGGUCUUUCUACGCAUCCCGAUCCCAAAGUUACUGAGGGACGAGUUAUUACGUUAGAAUUUGAGACAUUAUAUUAUGUAGCAUGUUAUGUUCCUAAUGCGGGAGAGAAACUCGUAAGGUUGAAAGAAAAAAUCAUUUGGGAUGAAGCUAUGGAAAAAUAUUUGAAACAACUUGAUGAAAAAAAACCAGUUAUUUGGGCUGGAGAUUUGAAUGUCGCACAUAAACCAAUCGACUUAGCGAGACCUGAAACUAAUAAGAAGACUCCAGGUUUUACACCAGAAGAACGGAGGGAUUUCGACAGAAUCUUGAAUGAAGGAAAGAACAAAUUUGUAGAUACUUGGAGACAUUUCCAUCCAAAUACUUUAAGGCACUAUACUUAUUUCUCUUAUCGUUUCCAGUGUCGUUCUAAAAUUAUUGGUUGGCGUUUAGAUUAUCAUGUUGUUAGCGAAAGGAUCUUGAACAGAGUCGUCGAAAGUGAAAUUCGGUUACAUGCGUACGGAGCAAGUGAUCAUGUGCCAAUUGUUUUGGUUAUUAAAGAUGACUUGUAA